AUGUCGUCGUCGCAGAACCUUGGUGGCGCCACCAGAUGCGGCCGUGUGAUUGGGCCAUCUUUGGACAAGAUCAUAAAAAAUGCCGCGUGGCGCAAGCACACCUUCCUCGUUUCCGCCUGUAAGUCUGUCCUCGACAAGUUGGAGACUCUCUCCGAUUCUCCCGAUCCUUCAUCGCCUCUCUUCGGUCUCUCCACCUCCGAUUCAGAUGCCGUCCUUCAGCCACUCCUUCUCUCUCUUGAUACCGGCUACGCCAAGGUUAUUGAACCUGCUCUCGAUUGCUCUUUCAAGCUCUUCUCCCUCUCCCUCCUCCGGGGCGAGGUCUGCUCAUCUUCUCCUGAUUCCCUUCUCUACAAGCUCAUCCACGCGAUCUGCAAGGUUUGCGGCAUCGGCGAGGAGUCAAUUGAGCUGGCGGUCCUUCGCGUCCUCCUCGCCGCCGUCAGAUCUCCUCGCAUCCUGAUCCGUGGCGAUUGUUUGCUCCAUCUAGUCAGGACUUGCUACAAUGUGUAUCUCGGCGGAUUUAACGGGACCAACCAGAUCUGCGCUAAAUCUGUGUUGGCUCAGAUCAUGCUCAUCGUCUUCACCAGAUCCGAGGCGAAUUCUAUGGAUGCGUCACUCAAAACAGUUAAUGUCAACGACUUGCUUGCCAUCACGGAUAAGAAUGUCAACGAAGGCAACUCUGUUCAUAUUUGUCAGGGUUUCAUCAACGACGUUAUUACGGCCGGGGAAGCAGAUCCUCCUCCGGAUUUCCUGCUAGUCUUGCAGGGCCCAGAGGAGGAGGAGGAUGAUGGUGCUUCAACUAGCAAGAUCAGGGAAGACGGAUUCCUUCUCUUUAAAAAUCUGUGUAAGCUGUCUAUGAAGUUCUCGUCACAAGAGAACACCGACGAUCAGAUUCUUGUUAGAGGCAAGACUUUGUCUCUCGAGUUGCUCAAAGUCGUCAUUGAUAACGGUGGCCCGAUCUGGCGUUCUGACGAAAGGUUUCUCAAUGCCAUUAAGCAGUUCCUUUGCUUGUCUUUGUUAAAGAAUAGCGCACUCUCGGUUAUGUCUAUUUUUCAACUUCAAUGUGCUAUCUUCACCACCUUGCUACGGAAAUAUAGAUCGGGUUUGAAAUCAGAAGUAGGCAUAUUCUUCCCCAUGCUUGUCCUCCGUGUUCUUGAAAAUGUUCUUCAGCCAAGUUUCCUGCAGAAAAUGACCGUGCUCAGCUUACUUGAGAACAUUUGCCACGAGCCAAACCUAAUAGUUGACAUAUUUGUCAACUUUGACUGUGAUGUGGAGUCACCAAACAUCUUCGAAAGGAUUGUCAACGGUCUUCUAAAAACUGCUUUAGGGCCUCCUCCUGGUUCGUCGACAACUUUGUCCCCAGUCCAGGAUAUUACUUUUCGGCAUGAAUCAGUGAAGUGCUUGGUUAGCAUUAUUAAGGCAAUGGGAACAUGGAUGGACCAACAAUUGAGCAUGAGCGAAUCACUUCUGCCUAAGAGCUUAGAAAAUGAAGCACCUGUAGACAAUCAUUCUAGCCCAAAUGAAGAAGACGGGACAACUACAGAUCAUGACUUUCACCCAGAUUUGAGUUCAGAGUCAUCAGACGCUGCAACUCUUGAACAAAGGAGGGCAUACAAAAUUGAACUCCAGAAAGGUAUCACUCUAUUCAAUAGAAAGCCGUCAAAGGGUAUUGAGUUUCUUAUAAGCUGUAAAAAGGUUGGCAACUCCCCAGAUGAGGUGGUGUCGUUCCUGAGAAAUACCACAGGCUUGAAUGCUACCAUGAUUGGUGAUUAUUUGGGUGAAAGAGAGGAGUUUCCAAUGAAAGUUAUGCAUGCCUAUGUGGACUCGUUUGAUUUCAAGGAAAUGAAUUUUGGUGAAGCAAUUAGGUUUUUCUUAAGGGGGUUCAGGCUUCCUGGGGAAGCGCAGAAAAUUGACCGCAUAAUGGAAAAGUUUGCUGAACGCUUUUGCAAAUGCAAUCCAAAUUCAUUCAGCAGUGCUGACACAGCAUAUGUUCUUGCAUACUCUGUGAUAAUGCUUAAUACUGAUGCCCACAAUAUCAUGGUUAAAGAGAAGAUGACCAAGGCUGAUUUUAUCAGAAAUAACCGAGGCAUUGAUGAUGGCAAAGAUCUACCAGAGGAGUAUCUUGGUGCGCUUUAUGACCAAGUUGUCAUAAAUGAAAUAAAGAUGAGUUCUGAUUCUUCUGCCCCAGAAAGCAGGCAGUCCAAUGGCUUGAAUAAACUACUGGGUCUGGACGGUAUACUCAAUCUGGUUUAUUGGACACAGACAGAAGAAAAGGCAGUCGGGGCUAAUGGUCUUCUUAUAAAGCAUAUUCAAGAAAAGUUCAGGUCGAAGUCUGGAAAAUCAGAAUCAGCUUACCAUGUCGUUACAGACGUUGCAAUAUUGCGUUUUAUGGUUGAAGUUUCAUGGGGACCAAUGCUUGCCGCAUUCAGCGUGACACUUGAUCAGAGUGAUGACAGGCUUGCUGCAGUUGAAUGCUUACGAGGCUUUCGGUACGCCGUUCAUAUUACAGCAGUUAUGGGUAUGCAAACGCAAAGAGAUGCAUUUGUCACUUCCAUGGCCAAGUUCACAAAUCUCCAUUGCGCAGGAGAUAUGAAGCAAAAGAAUGUCGAUGCUGUUAAAGCCAUCAUAUCAAUUGCCAUUGAAGAUGGUAAUCACUUGCAAGAUGCUUGGGAGCAUAUUUUGACUUGUCUUUCUAGAAUAGAGCACUUGCAAUUAUUGGGCGAGGGUGCUCCAAGUGAUGCAUCUUAUUUUUCCUCAUCCGAGACGGAAGAGAAGAAAGCCUUGGGAUUUCCUAACUUGAAGAAAAAAGGAGCCCUCCAGAAUCCGGUGAUGAUGGCUGUUGUUCGAGGGGGCUCAUAUGAUAGCAGUGCAAUUGGACCAAAUAUUCCAGGGCUUGUGAAGCAGGACCAGAUCAAUAACUUCAUUGCAAACUUGAAUUUGCUUGACCAGAUCGGGAGUUUUCAGUUGAAUAAUGUAUAUGCUCAUAGCCAGCGGUUGAAGACUGAAGCCAUAGUAGCAUUUGUUAAAGCUCUAUGCAAAGUCUCUAUGUCAGAACUACAGUCUCCUACGGAUCCUCGAGUAUUUAGCCUCACAAAAUUAGUUGAGAUCGCCCACUACAACAUGAACCGCAUCAGGCUAGUCUGGUCUCGCAUAUGGAGCAUCCUGUCAGAUUUUUUUGUAUCUGUUGGCUUGUCGGAGAAUCUUUCUGUUGCAAUAUUCGUUAUGGAUUCACUACGACAACUUUCUAUGAAGUUCUUGGAACGUGAGGAGCUGGCUAACUACAACUUCCAGAAUGAAUUUCUUCGACCAUUUGUCAUUGUUAUGCAAAAAAGCAGUUCUGCUGAAAUAAGAGAACUAAUAGUUCGGUGCAUUUCUCAAAUGGUACUCAGCCGUGUCAGUAAUGUAAAAUCAGGGUGGAAAAGUGUUUUCAAGGUUUUCACAACCGCAGCAGCUGAUGAAAGGAAGAACAUUGUGUUGCUGGCCUUUGAGACAAUGGAAAAAAUUGUCCGAGAGUAUUUUUCAUAUAUCACAGAGACGGAGGCAACAACCUUUACUGAUUGUGUUAGAUGCCUCAUAACUUUCACAAACAGCAAAUUCACCAGCGAUGUUAGCCUGAAUGCUAUUGCAUUUCUACGAUUUUGUGCCCUAAAACUUGCAGAAGGAGGCCUUGUGUGGAAUGAGAAGGGUAGGUCCAGCAGUCCCGGUACUCCAUUAACUGAUGACCAUGCACCAAAUACCCAAAAUUUUAUGGAUGCAGAUGAAAACAUAUCAUAUUGGGUUCCUUUACUCACAGGAUUGUCUAAGCUAACUGCUGAUUCCAGACCAGCAAUCCGUAAAAGCUCCCUGGAAGUGCUCUUUAAUAUUUUAAAGGAUCAUGGUCAUAUUUUCUCACGAACAUUCUGGAUUGGUGUUUUCAGUUCUGUUAUUUAUCCUAUAUUUAAUAGCGUGUGGGGCGAGAAUGAUCUGCUUUCUAAAGAUGAACACAGUUCAUUCCCCUCUACAUUUUCUCCACAUCCUAGUGGAGUUUCUUGGGAUGCUGAGACUUCAGCUAUGGCGGCACAGUCUCUGGUAGACCUAUUUGUCAGCUUUUUUACUGUCAUAAGGUCUCAACUAUCAAGUGUAGUGUCCUUACUUGCUAGUCUUAUAAGAAAUCCAGCUCAGGGUCCUACAGUAGCUGGAGUUGGCGCGUUGCUGCGGUUGGCAGACGAAUUGGGUGGCAGUUUCUCGGAAGAUGAGUGGAAGGAGAUUUUUUUGGCUGUCAAAGAAGCUGCUUCAUUGACAUUGUCUAGUUUCAUGAAAACACUGAGAACCAUGGAUGAUGUUCCAGAUGAGGAAACGUUGUCUGAUCAGGACUUUAGUAAUGAAGAUGACGUGGACGAAGACAGCCUGCAAACUAUGUCUUAUGUUGUUGCAAGAACAAAGAGUCACAUCACCGUCCAGUUGCAGGUUGUUCAGGUAGUGACUGAUCUCUACCAAAAUAAUCAGCAGUCAUUGUUGGCAUCUCACGUCACUGUUAUCCUGGAGAUACUUUCAACAAUCUCAUCACAUGCCCACCAGCUAAAUUCUGAUUUGAUACUGCAAAAGAAAAUGAGGAGAGCAUGCUCUAUCUUGGAGCUCUCUGAACCUCCCAUGCUUCAUUUCGAAAAUGACACACACCAGAACUACCUGGACAUUCUUCAAGACCUACUGACAUACAACCCAGGAGUGUCCUUGGAGCUAAGCAUAGAAUCUCAACUGAUUACAGUGUGUGUGCAAUUACUGAAGAUGUACCUGAAGUGCACGUUGUUUCAGGGUUCAGAGUUAGAAGAAACCAGGCAGCCUAAAAACUGGAUUCUACCCAUGGGAGCAACAUCGAAGGAAGAAGCAGCAGCAAGAUCUCCACUAGUGGUUGCAGUGCUGAAGGCACUGAGGGAACUGAAAAGAGAUUCAUUCAAGAGGUAUGCACCAACUUUCUUCCCAUUGUUGGUGGAGCUUGUGCGGAGUGAGCACAGCUCUUCACAAGUCCCACAAGUCUUAAGCACCGUGUUCCAUACAUGUAUGGGUCCAAUGAUGGGUGAAUAGAAUAGGAUUGUUGUAAGUGCAUUGAAGUUUGACAUUCGAGCACCUAAAGGAUAGGUUACGAGCAGACACAAAUCACUCUUUUCUUCUUUCGUUUUUUCUUCUCGUGUCUAAUGAGUAUUGACGAAAGAAUGUGAGAUUAACAGGUUUUGUGCGGUUGAUUGCUUGUGCUGAUAUAGAGUAA